AAUCAUAUUUGGCCACAACAUCAGCAACAUAUAUAACAAACUGAUGAAUGAGCUUAUUACAGCUGUAUUUUGAUGUAUAUACUGUAUUAUGGCAGCGGCAAUGUUAUGAGCCAAUAUCAUCGAAAAAAAAUUUGAUAAUCAACUAAACAUUAUUGAUUUGCCAGAUUUGCCAUAAAUAUAUGAUAUAUUAUCACCAUCAAAAUCAUAAUUAAAUUAAAACAACGUCAUCAUCAUCAUCAUCAUCAUCAUUUUGGAUUGUUGUUUGGAUUAAUUGGAUUGGAUCGAAUUAUAUUAUUUUGUUUUGCUUAUAAACGAUAUAAUAUUAUAGUUUUAUAAUUUAUUUUCACUGUUUGAUUAUUGAUAGAUCAUUGGUGAUUGAUUGGAUAAUAAAAAAAAACGACGACAACAGGAUGAUUGAAGACGACGUAUGUCUGGUUAUCAAAGCUUCUAAUCAAAAAUAUGAAGAUGUCAAAAUUGAUUGUCAACUUUCAUGGUCAAUUUUGGAUCUGAAAAAACAUCUUAGCGUCCAUUAUCCAUCCAAACCGAAAAUAACCGAUCAAAGAAUCAUCUAUUCCGGUCAUUUACUAAAGGAUAACCAAUUGUUGACAAACAUUGUUAAACUGUCGGAUUCAUCAUGUUCGAAUGGUGAUGAUCGUUCUCAAAAUACAUUCAUUUUUCAUCUGGUCUGUCCACAAAAACAUUUGUCUACGAAUGAUAAGGUAAAUAUGACCAAUGAAACAAAUGGAUCAUCAUCAUCAUCAUCAUCGAAUAGUUGGUCAUUGGAUGCUAUUCCAACAGCAAGUACUAGCUCAUCAUCAACAACAGCAGCCACAACAAUGCCAACGCCAACCACAGCAUGGAAUCAAUUUAAUCAAUUGAACAUUCAAAUGGGACCAGAUAAUAUGUUGAUGCAACAAUCGUAUCAGAUGUUGAUGAAUCAAUAUUAUCAAUAUAUGAGCUAUUAUUUUCUUUCAACACCGCCAAUUGAUUUAGUAUCAUAUGCUGCAUUCACUAAUGCAUAUAUGCAAUCAUUUCAGCCUGUAAUUGAUCAACAACGUUCCAAUUCCAUCAACAAUGAAACAUCGAAUAGCAAUGUGGCCAAUAACAUCAACAACAAUUUGGAUAAUGAUAAUCGAAUUAAUCGACCACAACAACAACAACAACGACAACAACCGCAAGUAGCGGCAAUAGAUAAUAAUGAUGAUCUUAUCAUGAAUCGUGAUUGGACAGAUUGGAUGUAUUCAUUUUCAAAAGCUGUCAUCAUGUUAAGCAUCAUUUAUUUCUAUUCAUCAUUGAAUCGUUUGGUUUUGUUUAUGUCAAUCUUUUUGAUUAUCUAUUUUUAUAAAAAUCUUCUAAAUGGUUUACAUCCGGCUGCUGCUAAUCAUAAUGGAAGAAGAAAUAAUAAUGAUGUUCGAAUUAAUCAUGAUCGAAAUAAUAAUAAUCAACAUCCAGUCAAUAAUGAUCGAAAUGGUGAAAACAACCACAACAACAACAAUAAUAAUAAUCAGCAGCAACAACAACAACAACAACAAGAUGAUGAUAGCCGAUAUUAUUCUGGUCUUAGAUUUAUAUGGAUGUUUAUCACUUCAUUGUUUACAUCAUUGAUACCGGAUCCAGUGCCCAUUAAUUAGAAUUUGAAAUGAAUUUUCGCAAA